GGGAAGGGCACCGGCACGGCAACGCUCGUCUUCUCUCCCUUGACCUUGGGGCGUAGGCGCAGUGGUGCAGCCUGCAGAUAGAACGGCGUCUGCGCCAUCCAAACCAACCGAACCAGUGGACAGGAACGGACCAAUCACCGACCGGCCAGCCUCAACCAGGAAACGCACCACACCUCCGAUCGCGCGCCAAGAACCACCGCCCCUGGUUGCGCGCCAAAUUGACUCCUAGUCCUCCUAUCCCAUGGCGCCUCAGGCCCUGCGCUUGCUGAGGCUGACGACCCCACUCGGACCCAGAGGCGGCCACCACGCGCCGCCGCUCUUCGCCAAGCGGCUGCCGCUCGUCGUCGCCUUCCCCCGCGGCGCCGGCGCCUCCUGCUCCGCCGUGCAGGAAUCGUCCGCCGCCGCCGCCGCAACCACCGUUAGUGAGAAGAAGGACGCGGACGGUGACAACAAGGAAGCCGCAGCGGAGGCGAAGCCGGCAGCCAAGCCUGCGGCGGCGGCUGCGAAGCUGAAGAAGCCCCCGCCGAAGCCGCUCCCUGAGAUGAUGGAGGAGGAGAUCAUCCCUCCGCUCAAGGCUGCUCUGGAGGGCGAGGAGGAUGUGUCCCAGGUCGAGCUCUCCUUCCAAAACAACACGGUGAGACCACUGGAUUGGCCACUACAUAUAUUAGCCCUUAAGAUUGUGAUUUGGCGUUGCUACUGCACUUUUGUCAGCGUCAAAGUUAAUCAGGAACGAACCGAUUUACAUACCACAAGCAGGUUGGAAGGCUCAUUCCAAAAGAAAGACAUCCCCUAUUACUUCUGGGCCUUCUUUCCACAGGGAGAUCUCACAGGGCCGAAGGGGUUCGCGAUGACGUCGUACUCCAUGGAGGUGAGCACCAUCGAGCCGUUCCUGGUAGACGAGAAGAGGGUCACUCCCCAGUACGUGGUGUUCUGGGUGUACAAGAGGCUGGCAGGCCAGGGGAUCCUCCCGGUCUGGAAGGAAGAGGACCUGAAUCCUGAGCCCAGCACAGUAGCGAAGUAGCAACACAUACACAACACAACUUUCAGGGUUGAUCCAUGAUCAUACGGGCACGAGCUGCUCUGUGUAUAUAUACGGUGUCCAUGCCUAACUGUGGAUCGUGUAAAUCUGCUGCAGAAUGUUCAGCUUCUAAUCAUGAUCUUGAUUAUCGUAUUUGAGGUGCUAAA